AUGAAGCAAUUUGAUGACCUACUCGUCAAGUAUGGAGGACGUAUCUACGAACCUCAGGGGCGCAGACUGGCAACCACCCCGACGGGCCCACGCGCAAUCGACAAAGAAGGAGGUGUUCGUACCAAAACUAUGAAGGUUAUCCUCGCCAGCAUGUCCAGGACCGGAACAUUCUCAAUGUACACCGCUCUACAGAAGCUAAACCUGACUCCCUACCAUAUGGCGGAGGCUGUCAAGAAGGCAACUCGAGAUUUUCCGAUAGCUUGCGAGGCGCUGGCUGCUCGUGAUACUGAAAGGCCAUUCGGAAGAGCAGAGUUCGACAAGUGGAUUGGCGACUUUGACGCUGUUUGCGAUGUGCCCAUGAAUCUGUUAGUCAACGAGCUCACCGAAGCAUACCCAGACGCCAAAGUCGUUCUCACCACUAGAGAUGCCGAAAAGUGGCGCAGAUCCAUCGAGAGCACUGUCGUUGUUAUCGGUAAAUGGAGGAUCUGGCCUUAUUUGGCUCUGAUCAGUCCUGAAUGUGCAGCUUUUUGGAACUACGUUCAUGUGAUGGACCGGGUCAUGGAUGGAUGGUCUGUUGCAGCUCUCAAUCGACACAACGCAGGCGUUCGAGCAGUUGUGCCUAAGGAGAGGCUGCUAGAGUUCAAGCUGGGUCAAGACGGCUGGAAAGAACUCUGUAACUUUAUUGAGCUCCCGCAGCCAGCCGGCGAGUUCCCACACGUAAAUGACGGAGAGAUGUUCGUCGCUGUCCACGUAAUGUUGAUCAACAUCUGGGCGAUGAAGGCUUUGAAGAAUGGAGUGGUUCGCUGGGCUCCUUGGUUGCUUCUGAUCGGGUCGAUAGUGUUGGCCAGAAGAUUUGAGUAUAUCUAG